AAAGACUUUCUAAAUCAGAAAAUAUUGGGGUUUUUAAUCCCACGCAAUGGUUUCCCGCUUCAUUGCACAAGUUAUUGUGAACGUGGAUUUGAUUGGUCUAGACAUAAACUUAUAAACCUGGAGGUGAAUAUUCAUUUUGUAACCUCCCAAUUUCGACACUUUCAGAAGACACAGUCGUCUCGAAGCACCUGGGAAUCACUGAAAAAAACAUGGCGGCACCAAAGGCGGACAUUGCAUUGAUCGGUUUGGCCGUAAUGGGCCAAAACCUUAUCCUAAAUAUGAACGACCAUGGUUUUGUGGUCUGUGCUUACAACAGGACAGUGGAGAAGGUGGACAAAUUUUUAGCAAAUGAAGCCAAAGGAACAAAAGUUAUAGGUGCAAAGUCAAUGAAGGAGAUGGUAGCCACGUUGAAAAAGCCACGACGUGUGAUGAUGUUGGUAAAAGCUGGUUCUGCUGUCGAUGCCUUUAUUGAACAGUUGGUACCUCUUCUGGAAGCUGGUGACAUUAUUAUAGAUGGAGGCAACUCAGAAUACAGGGACUCAAUUAGACGCUGUAAGGACCUAGAAUCCAAAGGACUGUUAUUUGUUGGAAGUGGAGUGAGUGGAGGUGAAGAUGGUGCACGGUAUGGUCCAUCUCUCAUGCCUGGAGGGUCUGACAAGGCCUGGGCUCACAUCAAGCCAAUCUUUCAGUCAAUAGCAGCAAAAGUUGGAUCUGAACCAUGCUGUGAUUGGGUUGGUGGAGAUGGUGCUGGACACUUUGUUAAGAUGGUACACAAUGGCAUUGAAUACGGAGAUAUGCAGUUGAUUUGUGAGGCUUAUCAUCUCAUGAAGAGUGCCCUGGGCAUGUCCUCUGAUGAAAUGAGUCAGGUGCUUGCAGAAUGGAACAAGGGAGAGCUUGACUCAUUUUUGAUUGAAAUUACAAAAGACAUCCUUGCAUACAAAGAUUCUGAUGGUCUUCCUCUUGUGGAAAAAAUCAGGGACUCUGCUGGCCAGAAAGGAACUGGCAAAUGGACAGCAAUCUCGGCAUUAGAAUAUGGAAUGCCAGUCACUCUUAUCGGUGAGUCUGUAUUUGCACGCUGCUUGUCCUCACUCCAGACUGAGCGAGUUGGUGCCAGCAACGAACUUAAAGGACCAGCAUCUACAAAGUACACAGGAGAUAAAAAGGAAUUCAUUGAGCAUAUUAGAAAGGCUCUAUAUGCAUCCAAGAUUGUGUCAUAUGCUCAGGGCUUCAUGUUGAUGAGAGAAGCAGCUAAGGAGUUUAACUGGACUCUGAACUAUGGCGGCAUUGCGCUCAUGUGGAGAGGAGGGUGUAUCAUUAGAAGUGUCUUCUUGGGCAAUAUCAAGGAUGCAUUUAUUAAGAAUCCCUCUCUCCAGAAUCUGUUAUUAGACGAUUUCUUCAAAAAUGCGAUUCACGACUGUCAGGAUUCUUGGCGUAAGGUUGUGGCUGCCGCAGUGACCCUUGGGAUACCUACCCCAGCAUUCAGUACGGCACUCGCAUUCUACGAUGGAUACAGGUCAGCUCGUCUUCCUGCCAAUCUCAUUCAGGCUCAGCGUGAUUAUUUUGGUGCCCAUACCUACGAGCUCCUCAGUAAUCCUGGUCAUUUUGUACACACCAACUGGACUGGGCACGGGGGCUCCGUAUCCUCCACCACAUACCAGGCCUGAGCAGAGAUGGACCAGGUCCAAGGAGAAUACGAUAACGACCUGUGAUCUUAAUCCAGUGCACUGUUAGUUUUUAAUCGUCUGAGUCCAGUGAAUCUCCAGUUUCUUACGUGUACGUUGAAACAAUAUAAGAAUGGAGUAUGACAAACAAUUCGUAGAUAGGUAAUCGUAUUGUAAAACAACAUUUACAGAGUAAAAGUAGGGAAAAAAUCGGCUAGUUCUGUGGUUCAAGUCCAAUUAGUAUUAAAACAAUAAAUGAACCCGCAUUAAAGAGAAUACAUGAUUUAACUCUUGUAUACUUAAACGAGAACAUAGCAAGCGUUUUGUAACCACGGGGCUUUCUACUACCAUCGAAAACAUUUGGGUCUCAAUAUAAUAAUUAUGAUAUGGAAACUUUAGUGCAAAUAUGAAACGCCUUUUUUUUUUAAUCGCACUGCCCGCCCAGUAACAAGCACCCUAAACUGACCGAAAGGCUGACCGCAAACUGGCCCAGUAAGGCUGACCAAAGUUACUUCAAGAAUGAUCCUGCUUUGGAUUGUUUUUUUGAUGCCUCAGUCUGCAGGUACUUUGUUUGAGUAUUUCUCUCGAUUCUUCUUGGUAGAAGAAAUUCUUGUUUGUCGCGAAAGGUUGACCUGAGAACCGACAACCCCCAGCGUUGGCCACAGACUUCUGUUGCCGUUAUAAAGUUAGCAGUUGACUGGUCUUUGGGCUGGUGGGGGUGGAAUCAUUCGCUGGUUCGCUGAAAUGAAAUACUCUGAAGAACAGCACCUCCAACAGACAAGAACUGAUUUUUCUCACGAUUGCAAUUUCGCCAACAGGAGCUGUCAAGACAAAAGCGGUAUACAAUGAGCAUAAUAAAGUGUAUUUGUAUCGA